AUGUCUCGAGUUUUGCGGUUCGCUCGCUCGGACGAGCAAAACGAGUUCAUUCUUCUCCAUGUGGUGAAGUUGGGACCAGCUCCACUGGACCUCACCCUCACUGCCACUGAAGGCGAAAGCCCAUACACAGCCAGGGUACAAGAGUCUCACAUAAAGGAACUACGCGCCAAAAACUACCAGGGCGUAGAUGAAGAGUGGACGCAGAUCAUCGCCCAUGUGUUGGGACAAGGCCCCCCUACCCAGCAGCUGCCAGCAUUGUCGGGCGUGGAGGCCUCCACUCACAUCACAGAUCCGGGGGAGGAGAACAAAGAGAUGGUAAUCACAAUUCGCAAAAGGGUCCAAUCUAUCACGCAAAGGCUUGGUGCAAUCAUCCUCAAGCAAAAUGAUGAGCAAGCGAUAGAGCUGUUUGAAUGGUCGGGUCUUGCUGCCGCUAGGGCCGGCGAGUUGGAAAGUCAGGUCAUUGACUUGACGGAUCGACACCGCGCUGCAGUGGACACGGUACAAAAACUGGAAGAACAACUGGAGGAACUGAUACGGGCCAAAUCCCAGCAUGAAACCCAGCUGGUGGCUAAUUUCGUUCAACUGUUGAAUGAGAAAAAGCUCAAGAUACGUAACCAGCAACGGCUUCUAGCAUGCGCAACAGCCGACCCCACAAAAGUCUCAGAGAUACAAGCAGCCACUGCGAAUGUCCAUGCAGCUGGGGGAGAGCAGCAGUCUACAAAACGAAAUGCUCAUGAUAUGAGUGAUGGAGAUGGUGAUACAGAAUUCGAGAGAAUGGACAUUGAUCAAGGCAAAGGCGAAGAUUCCUUGAUUGACCAAGACACUGACGCUGAAGGCCAAUCUACGCCACAGCAGCUGGAGGAAGGGAAUGCGACCACGGAUGAUGAGUCCGGGGACCCAGAGACAGCACAGGCGCCUGCCGAUUCAGAUCAGACCAAGGAACUGGAGGGUUCAUCGUCCAAAACAGCGGCCCCGCCACCGCGCAGAGAGCUACCUUUCACCAGACGAGAGCCAUCGGCGAAGGCAGGGGCAGCCCCUGCUCCCAAUGAAGUUGCCGAAGAAACUGCUGGAGAGACCGAUGAUGAUGAGCUAUGA